UAGCAUUUCACAACACUGUCCGAAGAUCAAAACGAACCCCAAAAUCACUUCAGUCCAAUUGCGUUUUUGCCAUCAUUCUGUUUCGUGAGAAAGUCACGUGUUGUGACAUUGUGUUCACAUGACUUCAUCUUCUAGCCAAUUGGAUGCCACCUUUCAAUCUGAGUUAACCGAGAAGAUAGGGUAAAAUAAUUUUCCCUUUGCCUGUCGUCCCGUUUUUAUUCAUCUUUUCGCAAACAUCGAAAGUGGUGGCCAUCUGUUUCCAGUAGCACCCAAGGUGAUUGUGUGGUGACCACCAGCCCCUGCAUUCCUUAACUGCUCCUGUGAGUUCCUAACUAAUUCAACCAGUCCUAAAUCACCAUGGAGCCCAACAAAGUUCAGUCUGAAGGAGGGCUCAAUGUCACUCUGACUAUCAGACUCCUCAUGCACGGCAAGGAGGUUGGCAGCAUUAUAGGCAAGAAAGGGGAAACUGUGAAGAAGAUGCGUGAGGAUAGUAAUGCACGCAUAAAUAUUUCAGAUGGGAAUUGCCCAGAGAGAAUAGUUACCAUCACAGGACCCACAGAUGCCAUAUUCAAGGCCUUUGCUAUGAUCGCAUACAAGUUUGAGGGAGAUAUCAUUAACUCUAUGAGCAAUAGCCAGGCUACUAGUAAGCCUCCGGUGACUUUGCGUUUGGUGGUGCCGGCCAGUCAGUGUGGCUCUCUAAUUGGGAAAGGAGGCUCCAAGAUCAAGGAGAUGAGGGAGUCUACAGGGGCUCAAGUGCAAGUGGCUGGAGACAUGUUGCCCAAUUCUACUGAGCGGGCAGUCACUAUCUCAGGUGCUCCAGAGGCCAUUAUCCAGUGUGUGAAGCAGAUCUGUGUGGUCAUGUUGGAGUCCCCACCCAAAGGUGCCACAAUUCCAUACAGGCCGAAGCCUGCCACUGCACCAGUCAUCUUCUCUGGGGGCCAUGUAAGGGCAGACACUCUGACAGCACCAGCCACAGCCAACCUCAGUCUGUUACUGCAGCAUCAGCCUCUGCCUGCCUACACCAUUCAGGGACAAUAUGCCAUCCCACACCCAGACUUGACAAAGCUCCAUCAGCUGGCUAUGCAGCAAACUCCCUUUACCUCCCUCGGACAGACCACCCCCGCUUUCCCUGGUGUGGAUGCUGGUUCACAGGCCAGUACUCAUGAACUCACCAUUCCAAAUGAUCUAAUAGGCUGCAUAAUCGGACGUCAAGGCACCAAAAUUAAUGAAAUCCGUCAAAUGUCUGGGGCUCAGAUCAAAAUUGCUAAUGCCAUGGAGGGGUCAUCAGACCGUCAGAUCACCAUUACAGGAACGCCUGCCAACAUCAGCCUGGCACAGUACCUCAUAAAUGCCAGGUUCAGAGAUGUGGCAGCCAUGUGGACUGACCCUUCAACCAUGACAACCUCCUGAAGUCACAUUAUGCUCUGUUUAUCUAAGAUAUUCUGGUCUUAAACAGUUUUCUGGCCUCAUCAGUGUUCUUAAAACCUGGGAAUUGAUAUAGUCAGACAUUUGUGUCUCAGGAUUGCUGAACUACAUUUAGUGUAAUUAAGCCAGUUCAAUUUAUUAAUUCCAUAGAAUAACAAAAAAACAAAACAUAGCUUCACCAAACAGGGGCCUCUCUGCAAACUGUAUUUAUUGUCUACAUUGAAGGUCUCUGCAGUAAAAAGUAUUCUAAUAAGCAACCUGUAUUUAGGUAAUUUUGGAAUUGUGUCUGUGUACAAGAAUAUGAUGCAUUGUCUUAUUAAUUAGAUAUAGUUUUGAGUUUUAGCACAGAAACUUAGCAUGCUGAAUGUCUAGCAGUUGUCAUUGCGCUUAUUUAUUUAAAUGCUUUCUCAAUAUUUUGCAGUACUUUAAAAAUGUAUUCAAGUUAUCAUACAUGUAAUGUGAGCAAUAAAUUGUAUUAAAAUAUGCUUCUUUUACUUCAGUAAGUGGUAAAACAGUUUUAGAAACAGAUAAAUCUGAUUUCCGGUUAAUUGUAAUUAUGGUCACACCUGUGUAGAUUUGUUGCUGGUUUAUAAUUUGUAACAAAGAAUAUAUUUCAUACAGCGCACGAUAUCCAUUUUUUUUCUUCUGGUCCUGAAACAAUUGUCUGUUCAACAUUUGUACAAUUACAAACCAGGUGAUCUUGUCAUGUGUGAUUUAAUGAUUUUAAAGCCUUUCAAAAAAAGACCUGAUUGUUUAACUUUUGACAUUUUACUUGGCUAAACAUUAUUGAUGUUGACUGUGCUUCAAGUAAUUGUAAUAGUUUUAUGAAGCAAUGUACUUUGUUUACAUCUUUGUUUAAUGCUGUGUUGUGCACUGCAAUAAUGUGAAUAACUGAAAGUGUCAGACAUAAAUUGUCUAGAC